AAAGGAAACACCCAAGUUGAUCCCAGAAGAAAGGUCCAGACUCUUCUAGAUAUUAAAUACCUCUGCGAAGGAAGCCAACCGACCAAACAACAAUAAAAUGAAGAAAGAAAAAACUCUGCAUUCAAUUCGAUUGAUUCACAAAUUGCAACUCCUUCUCGGCUCUUCCUAAUCAGCACGAACACAACACAAACACAAACACAGAGAGAGACAUGGAUUUUGAACUGAGAAGAGCGAGAGAGAAGCUAGAGAAAGAGCAGAGGGAGAGGAAGGAAAGAGCAAGACUGAAACUUCAGAAGGAAAAGAAGGUCAAAGAAGAGGCUCAGAAGCAAAAGGAAGCCAUCGAAGCUGUUCAAAGAUCUCGUCGUAUUGAUGCCGCACAAGCUCAACUCAAGGCUGCCCGACAGAUGCAAGAAAACCUACUUGCUGGCGGAGGAAUAGUGUUUUACCGACUACUAGAGGCUUUUUUUUAUGAAGGCGGUGGAGAUAAGAUCAAGCUACCUCCUUCUUGCUUCGCAGAACUGUCUGAGCAGGGUACUUUUGAUAAGAGACAGGGACCCUUAUACUUUCAGUUGUCGUUAGUUCAUGAAGAAAGCACUUCAAGCAUCCAAACUACUGAUAAAGUGAAACAGGGGAGGACCACCCAUUCUGGAGUUUUAGAAUUCACUGCUGAUGAAGGUUCAGUGGGUCUUCCUCCUCAUGUAUGGAAUAAUUUGUUUUCUGAAGGCACUCCAAAACCUCCCUUAGUUGAAAUCCGCUAUGUUUGGCUUCCAAAAGGGACAUAUGCAAAACUUCAACCUGAAAAUGUAGGAUUUUCCGACUUGCCCAAUCAUAAGGCUAUCCUUGAAACAUGUCUUCGGCAGCAUGCUACUCUUUCUCAAGGUGACAUUUUAACUGUAAACUAUGGAGAACUUGCUUAUGAAUUAAGGGUCCUUGAGUUAAAACCUUCUUCAAGUGUAUCUGUUUUAGAAACGGAUAUUGAAGUUGACAUAGUUGAUCCUGAUACAUCUUCACAAAAGACAGAUGGGCAUGUUUUAAUGCCACUUGUAUUCGGAAUGCCACAAAUUGGAACAAUAGAAGAAGGAAAGUUUGUCUAUUACAAAUUUUCCAUAGACAAUGUCAUUUGGGAGCAACUCUCUCCUGGGAAUUCUUGUGUUGAAGUAAAAUUAGAAUCAGAGACAGAUGGGGGGGACACUGAUAUUUUCAUCUCCAGACAUCCUGUCAUAUUUCCUACACGACACCGGCAUGAGUGGUCUUCUCAUGAUAUUGGCUCAAAGACUUUGAUUCUUAGCUCUAAUGAUAAAAACAUGGGUGCAGGGACUUACAGCAUUGGUGUAUAUGGCUUCAAGGGAAUUACUAACUAUAAAAUAUCAGUCAUGGUCCAGGAUAAUUUCAACCAAAAUGUUGGUCAGCAAGCAUCAUCUUCCAUGUCAUCUAUGGAACUGGAUACCGAACAAUGUAGGAACUGCAAGCAUUAUAUACCCGGCAGGACUAUUGCACUACAUGAAGCUUACUGUAGCAGGCACAAUGUUGUCUGUCAGCAUGCAGGCUGUGGAGUGGUUCUUAGGAUUGAGGAGUCCAAGAACCACAUUCACUGUGGCAGGUGUGGUCAGGCUUUCCAGCAGGCAGAAUUAGAAAAGCACAUGAAAGUUUUUCACGAGCCACUUCACUGCCCUUGUGGAAUAAUCCUUGAGAAAGAGCAAAUGGUGGAGCAUCAAGCUUCAGUUUGCCCCCUGCGUCUAAUUACAUGCCGGUUCUGUGGUGAUAUGGUUCAAGCUGGGAGGUCUGCCAUGGACGUCCGUGACAGAUUUAGAGGAUUGUCUGAGCAUGAGAGUAUUUGUGGUUCUAGGACUGCCCCGUGUGAUUCCUGUGGGCGUUCUGUGAUGUUGAAGGACAUGGAUAUUCACCAGAUUGCUGUUCAUCAAAGUGGCUAAUUCUGAUAUUUUUCAUCAUAACAGCAACUUGUGAAGGAUUGCAUCUAGGUAACAAAUAGAAAAUUAAAAGAAACUAGAGGAAAUUGAAAGAGACAGGAAGACAGGUUGAUGAUGGUGGAGCUGAAACAUCUCUAUGUUCUACUGUGGACAACCGGCUAUGGAUCUAUUAAACUGUUGUUGAUCUUGUCAUUCAUUAUGUAUGAAAUUAUGAUUAUAAAAAUGUUUGGUUUGCAGUAUUUUUUACAUUACGUUCUUUUGGGCUGAUAGGAAGAAUAAAAAUUACAAUUUUAUAAAUAUUUAGGUAAAGAAACCACUUGCAAGUAGGUUUGUUGUGCUAAUGAUAACCAAGUAAUGAUUGACGAGCGUAAGCUGU